AUGCAGCAGUCGGGCAUGGCCAACUCGGAGAGGAAAACCCUCAUCUACCGCGCAAGAGCUGGCCUCGGCAACCGCAUGCUCUCCUCGGUCUCGGCUCUGUUGCUAGCUAUGCUGACAGAUCGGGCUCUGUUGGUGGAGUGGCCCGAUGUUAACGUUCACGACGUCUUCUGCGAGCCGCCAGGCAUCGAUUGGGACUACAUCUUGUGGAGGGAGGAGAUGGAGGCAAAGGGUCUGGGUGGCUACAACACUUGGCUUCCGCACAGGCUCUGCCUCGUCGACGACAUCUGUCUCUACCCACCUGGAGACUCGACCGGAUCGCUGACAAUCAAUGGCGCUGCCGGCGAGACGCCGGUCUUGGCUGACCUCGUGUGUGGCGACAUCGAGCAGGCGCUCACUCACCAGCACGUCUUCCUCACCUCGACCCAGUACUUUGUGCCACUGCUCUUUGCCAACCCGGUCUACGCAGCUAAGCUCAAUGACUGGUUCCCCAACGGCCGCAUCGCGCACGCACUUUUGCACUACCUCUUUCAGCCGGUGGAUCCGGUCACGGCUGCCGUCGACGCCUUUGUCGCCGACGCCUUUGUUCCGGGCAACACUGUCGGGCUUCAGAUUCGCUCGGCACCCAUCUUUUACUUUAUGCCGGGCCUGUACUCGUCCAAGGACGACGCGGCAGCGUCGAUCACUGCAACGAUGGCCACCUGCGUCGACGAGGUCCUUCCCACCGCGUCUGAGCCGAUUGUGGCCGAUCCAGCCACCGCCAAGCUCAUGGUCGCCUCGAUGCACGCCGAUGCCAAGCGGUCGCUCGUGGACAAGUAUGGAGACCGAGUGGUACUCUACGGCGGCGCGACGGCCAAGGGCGACGACCUCUCGGUCGGGGACACCCGCGAGGCGCUGGUCGACAUCCUCCUCCUCGCGCGCACCGAUGCGCUCGUCGCCUCGCCGCUCUCGACCUUUGCGUACACCGCUGCCGCCAUCGGUCGCAUCAAACCCAUCAACAUCCACGUUGACGUCCCGUCACCUUGGAGCGACGACUCCAUUCUCGAGCCCAUCUGCCGGCUCCCGCCUGCCAACGAGCCGUUCCCGGAGCCGUGCCUCCACGCCAACACCUCGUUUGACAUGGCCAUCCCCAUGCCGACCUGCCCGCAAGCGCCACUCCCGGCCUUCCUCCUCCGCGCCCCCGGCCUCUGCUGA